AUGUUCCAGCUGGAGCCUCUGAAUGUCUCAGUGCUACAAGGUUCUGCUGCCCAAUUCAACGCCACUGUGGAGGGAAAGUGGGAUUUCAUGACGUGGACCAUUGGAGGUCUUCUGGUCCUCACUGUCCCUGAAACCAAGAACGAGACAUCAUCAGGACAGUUUUCUGCCACACACAGCUCUGAUGGGGACUCCAGCCUUGUGGAGUUCAAAAUCUGGAACACCACCCGCAACCAGACAGGGGAUGUUAUCUGCGCUGUGCAGGGGCCAUAUGGAUCAAAAACUGCAACUCUUAAAGUACAAGAUAUGGGAGAUGUCAACAUCACGGAAGGUAACGUGACAGUGGAACAGGGCCAGCAGGUAGAACUUCAGUGUGUAACAACUGCUUGGUUCCCUAAACCUACUGUCACAUGGAACCAAAAUGAUCAACCUGUGGACAGCAGCCUGUACAACACCACCACCAGUGAGGAAAUUGAGGGUUACUACAACUCCACCAGUGUCCUCAAGUUCCAGGCGACCAGCAACACCAAAGUGGAGUGUCUUGCAAUUAUCACAGCACUAAAAUACCCACAAUCCAGCACUGUCCACGUGGUGGUUGUGCCCAAGCCUCCUGACUGGACUGUGCUGAUAGCUGUGGUUUGUUCCAUUGGAGGCUUUGCUCUGCUGGUUUUGCUCAUCCUAGGAAUCAUUUUCUGCAUCAAACACAGGAAAAAAAAACAAGCCAACUACCAAGAUGAAAUGAGGAGAGUGAGGACACAUAGUCAGUUAAGUGGUACCGGUCCAGAUGGACAGAGACAGGGUCAAGUGAACUCAGGAUAUGUGAAUGACAAUCAAGUAACAUCAACAAGUGUCCCUCCCAGUGAAAUCGCUGACAGUGGCUUUUUUCAGACAAAUGGAUCCAAUAUGGAAGAGAUGCCUAAUGGUAACAGUAAUCAUGCAGGAAUCGACUACAAUCAUGCCAAUCACACUUUGGAGCAUCCAGGUGUCAAGAAACACAGACAUGCUACUGUUGUGUAA